CGUUCGCGUUGUGAGGGCCGAAGCGACGAUGGCCGGCAAUGGACGCUCGAACGCCGACGCGGCCGCGAUGCUUCGUGGACCAAGGCGCACGCGGGCGCCGGGCGGCGACGACGGAACGCGAAAGCCGUCGCGUGGAGGCCUUGGCUUCGUAGCAGCGGCCGACGCGGCCGAGCCAACGCCCGGGUACUCCACAUCAAGCUUUGCAGCGAUGUUCACUCCCGCUUCAGUACAGGACUCGUCCGGUGACACCAAUGACGCGCCAGAUGAAGAAAACGAUGCACCGCGCGGGCUGGGCUUCACCCGAGCGGCAGACGAACCCGCAGCAGCGCCGCGCAGUGGUCUCUCGAACGCAGCCUUCGCCGCCAUGUUUACAUCGGCGUCGCGGCCCGACCACACCGAUGCCACCGAAAGCCACCAAACAAACCCUCAAAGCGACGCUACACCAAUGGACGACAACGAGCCCAACGACGCGCCUCCCGAGCGGUCGGGCUUUUCCAACACGGACUUUGCAGCCAUGUUCCGUACCGCGACAGUCGAAACAGCAGACGACACCGCAGGCGCCUCUAACUCUACCAAGCCGUCUGCCCCAGCGCCGCCGCCAGCCCCAGAGCCAGUCCCAGAGCCCAAGCGGGCGCCCAUACUGCCGCCAGCCAACAUUGCGAGCAUGGGCAAGUGGGAGAAGCACACCAAGGGGUUUGGCAUGAAGAUGCUGGCCAAGAUGGGCUUCAAAGGGCGUCUCGGGAAGGACGAGCAAGGUAUUGCAGUGCCAGUUGCCGUCAAGGCGCGCCCGAACCAGCUCGGUCUCGGCGCCGCGGGCUUUAAAGAGGCCUCGUCGCUCGCGCAAAACCAGCAGGUCGAGCGGGAGCUGCACGGCAAGACGAUCGAAGACGAAGAAGAGGUCGCGCGCAAGGAGCAAGUGUUUGGAACGGACGACGGCGCGUGGCGCAAGCGACUUGGUGCGCCGAAAAAGCGCAAGCGGAAAUCGGCCAAGGACCUUUUCGUCGACGACGACGAUGAGGAUGCGCCCAUGCCCACGACCAGGAUCAUCGACAUGCGUGGUCCCGACGUGGUGACGUACGAGAACGGGCUCUCGGAGCUCCAGAAGCAGUCGCUCCUCGCGGCCCCCGUGCUCGGCCAAGAGCUCCUCUACAACCUCCGAACGAUCGUCAACGAAGCCGAAGGCGCGAUCCGAGUCGGCCGGCAGCGCAUUGCCGUCGAGCGGUCGCGGCUUCACGUUCUUCAAAACGCGGCAUCGGCCACGUCCGAGAAGCACCACGCCGAUGCGCAAUCCCAAGCCAAUUUGGCGGCGAUCCGGUGCGCACUGCAGCAUUUGCACGCAGAGAUGGCCGGUGCGUCCGCGCCCCGUGGCCUCGAGCUCAUUACGGACACCCUCGUGGGCCUCCGGCAGCAGUACCCGGUCGAGUUUGAGUCGCAGCGCAUCAUUGACGUCUUGCCGUCGCUUGGUCUGCCGCUGCUCAAGUCGCUCCUCGUGUCGUGGGACCCGCUGGACGACGUCGACGACGCCGCGCUCGCCUUCCAAUCGUGCUUUACGUGGGUGCGGGACUGCUUGACGACCUGCGUCGCGACGCCGUCGGCCCAAGACGCCGGGCUUUUUGCCGUCAACCUCGACACGCGCCACGACAAGCUGUACCAGCACCUGUGCGAGGUCGUCCUCGUCCCGCACGUCACGUCGGCGCUGCAUCGGUGGGACGUCCGUCGCCCGUGCCUUGGUCUGAUUGCGUUUCUCGACUCGUUCGCGCACCCGCAGAUUGUGUCGCAUCUGCUGUCGGCUGCUAUUUUGCCCAAGCUCCAGCACGCCGUGCGGUCGUGGAACCCGCAAACCGACCCGGUGCAUCUGCACGAGUGGCUCCUUCCGUGGUCGACGCGCUUUCUCAAGGACGAGUUUGACAAGCCGCUGUUCCCGCUCAUCCGAGAGACGCUCAGUCGCGCCCUCGCGCAGUGGCACCCGCGCGACGCGUCCAUCUUUACCGUGCUCUCGCCGUGGCAGGCGGUGUGGACCCCCGAAGACUUUGCCGUGUUUACGCACAAGACCAUUGCGCGCAAGCUGCUCCGGUGCUUGAACCGCGAGCUCUCGGUCGAGCCUGGAUCGACGAACGAUGUCGCGCCGCUGCAGUGGACGUUUCAGUGGCACGGACUCCUCCCCGACCGGCAGCUCAUCGCGCUGCUCGAAGGUGAAGUCUUCUCCAAGUGGCUGCACGUGCUCCGGCGCUGGGUCGAGAAGGCGCGAGCCGCCGCAAUCGAGGACCGCAAGACCAUGGUGUCGGAGAUGGUCGUCUGGUUCCAUGGCUGGAAAGCGCUCUUUGCGCCGCUCUGGCACUUGGAUCGCAUCCGCCUCCAGUUUGCCAUGGGCCUCCAGCUGCUCAAGUGCGUCGAGCGGGGCACGCUGCCGUCGCUGGACGUGCUCGCGAGUACGUACGACAAGGCGCUCGUGCUCGGCGGCAAGCAAGCCGCCCGAGCGCGCGAUGUGCCUGUCGCCACCGAUGUGCUUCACAUUCGCGACGUGCUGGAAGCGCUGGCGCUGGACGCCGGUAUCGACUUUGUCCCGCACCCGCGCAAUCACCGCGUGAGUGGCAAGCCCGUCUACUGUUUUGGGUCUCUCUCCGUCUACUUUGAAGCCGACGUUGUGUUUGCCGAAGCGGCAAAAGGGUCGUUUGCCCCCAUGGACAUUGAGAGCCUCUUGCGUCGAGCCCGCGCCUCUUGAUCCAAUACAAUAUAUAGCUAUAUAUUGGUCGUAUUGUACCACA